AUGCGUCCGAAGAUCGUGGCAGAAUACUUACCGCAGACAAAUGAAGUUGCUGACGAAUUCUUGAAAAGACUGAAAAAAAUCCGAACGCCAAACGGAGAGGUGCUGGACCUGAACACCGAAGCCGCAAAAUGGAAUCUCAAAACUACCCUUAGGAACUUUUUUGAAAUGCGGAUGGGAUUAUUUGAGAAUGAGACCAAUGGCUUCUUUGACGUCCGACAGCUGAUCGAGGCCAAUGAUGCAAUCUUACACAACGCAACUCGCCUAUAUUACACCUUUCCUCUCUAUAAAUAUAUCAGGACUUCAGAGUGGAAUGGUAUGGUUGAAGGCGCAGAUUAUUUGUUUGGGACAUUGCAGAAACUUCUGGACGAGACAAUCGAUGAAAUCCAGACCCUCUCUGUCACAAAUCAGCUUCCAGAUGACAAGUACUGUUUCCUACGCCAUCUGCUGGCGCGGUCCUCUGGCCUGCCGUACAGGGAGUGGGGGAUGCUCGCUAUGGACGUGGUUUUCGAUGGAAUCAACGCGACCGUCCUUUCACUGAAUAACAUCGUACUUUUGGACGACCCAAAAUAUUUCGUCUCCCCUGAGAAGUUUCUACCGGAGCGGUGGCUGAGGGAUGGCCCCGCUGUCGAUGGAGAAGUUGGCAACCCUUACGUGUUACUUCCCUUUGGCAAUGGCCCCAGGAUGUGCUUAGGUCGACGUUUCGCAGAACAAGAACUGUACGUCAUGAUCGCCAAAAUUGUCCAAAACUUCCGCCUGGAGUGGCUGGACAGCGUGGACAUGGGUCAGUUAUACCGGUCAGUGAUGGUGCCGGACAGAUCGGCCAGGAUCAAAUUUACUGAUAGACAUUAA